GUGCCUUGAAUCGGGGUCCACACCCGACCGAACCUUAACACUCGGCGCCAAACUGAAUGGGACUGCAGGGCAGCGGCGAGGGGACUGAGGCAGGCAGACUGAUGGAGUUCCAGGUCCGGUUUCUUCACUUGAAAAGCAAACGACGUCCACUCUUCCACACUUUCCACCUUCACUUUUCUACCCAAGUCAAGUCAUCCUCGACAGCAGCAAUCACAACCACAACCGACGACUUCAUUAGUUCACUUGUACACCCAAUCCGUGCCCAAAUUCGGGUCUUUUGAUCUGAGGGAGGAAACUGUACAAGCACCUGACGGACUCGACUUCCACCCACCUCGGGCUCUACUUGAGCUGCUCCGAGGUCCAUCCGCCGCAUCUCUUCUUGCGACGAGACAACUCGACCACUACGAUCCAUUCGCGUCUCGCUGCUUCUCGACGACUAGACCAUCUUAAGUUGUGUAUUCUUUCUGACCUUGUUCGGCCUGGUCUACUUCCAGCAAUCCUUCCCCGCCCUACGCCAUCUCAGCGUUCCACACAAAUACCAGUCUGAAUCAACCUCAACUCUCAUCUCUUUUCCAUCUUCGAUACCCGGUAUUCAAACACACAACAACCGCCAAAAUGGCCGAAGCAGAGAAUUACGAGGAUGACCUCUUCGACGACCUGUACAACGACGACGACGCUCCCGCUGCCUCAAAGCCAGCCGCUGCACCAGCUUCCGCCCCCACUACAGCUCAGACUUCAGCUACUGAGCAGCCUUCUCAACAACAGCAGCAACAGCAGCAACAGCAAGAGCAGCAGCAACAAGCUGCCGCCGUCCAGCAGUCGGCUGCUGACAACUACGGAGGAUCCAACGACUACAGUCAGCAAGGCUACUACAAUGGAGGCAACGGACAAUACGGCAACGAUGAGGAAGAAGACGAAGACGAAGACGAUAUCGACUUCAAUCUCGGAAGCGGCCCGUCCACCACGGUCGCUCGCCAUGAGGACGACAACAACAACCAAAACAACAACCAAAACAACAACAACAACAACAACAACAGCCAGUCUCAAUCGCAAUAUCAUGCUCCCCCACCGACCCAGGCCCAACACAAGGGCCCCAAUGCCAAAGAAGAUGGGAAGAUGUUCAUUGGUGGCCUGAACUGGGAGACUACAGACCAAUCCCUGAGAGAUUACUUCUCGCAGUUCGGCGAGGUUGUAGAAUGCACCGUUAUGAGAGAUGGCGCCACCGGUCGCUCGCGUGGCUUCGGAUUUCUUACCUUCAAGGACCCAAAAACAGUGAACAUUGUUAUGGUCAAGGAACACUACCUUGACGGCAAGAUCAUCGACCCGAAGCGCGCCAUUCCCCGCGAUGAGCAAGAGAAGACUUCCAAGAUCUUUGUUGGUGGCGUUUCUCAGGAGACCACGGACCACGAGUUCCGCGAGUACUUUGCCCAAUUCGGCCGUGUCGUCGAUGCCACCCUCAUGAUGGAUAAGGACACUGGCCGUCCCCGUGGUUUCGGCUUCGUCACCUUUGAGUCCGAAGCUGGCGUCGAGGCGUGUCUCUCUGCCAACCUUGAGAUCCAUGGUAAGCCUAUCGAAGUCAAGAAAGCCCAACCCCGCGGCAACCUGCGCGAGGAGGCUGAGGAAGCUGCGAGACGCGGCGGCGGCAAGUUCGGCCAGCGCCGCAGCGGUCAGCAAGGUGGUGGCAUGGAUGAUGGCUCCGGUCAAGGCGGUAUGAAUGUCAUGGGCGGCAUGGGCGGCGCCGGCACUGCCGGUAUGACCCCCCAACUCAUGGCCCAGUAUCUCCAGCGGAUGCAGCAGGCCUUCCAGAUGAUGCAGCAACAGAUGGCCAUGAACAGGGGCAUGCAGAACCCCAUGGUCCAAAUGAUGCAGAUGCAGCAGAUGCAACAAAUGCAACAACAGAUGAUGGCCGCUCAGCAAGCCCAUGCCGCGGCUCAGGCGGGUGCAGGACAGCAAGGCAGCGGUGGCCGCGCUGGUAGUGUCGGCGCGGGUCAGGGGCCUAACGCGCAGAACCCCCAGGCGAUGGCUGCCGCCAUGGGCAUGAACCCGGCGAUGAUGCAGCAAAUGAUGGGCGGCGCUGGCGGUCCCGGAGCCGGUGGUGCUGAUGGAGGUGCCGGUGGUCCUAAGGGGGGAUUCGGCGGCUUCGACGGACAGCAGGGUUUCGAUGGCCAGCAGCGCGGCCCCGGCGGCGGUAAUCGCGGUCCUCGCAACGAUCCCGCUGGUGGCAACUACGGCGGUGGAAUGCCCGGUGCUGGAGCGGGCUACAACAUGGGCGCCACCAGCUGGGAGGGCAUGUACGAUGACGUCCCCCAACCGAUGAUGGGCGGUCCCGGUUUCGGUCCUGGCAUGGGCGGCAUGGGUAUGGGUAUGGGCGGCGGCAUGGGCGGUGGCGGUGGUGGUGGAGGACGUGGCGGUUUCCAUAAGGGUCGCGGCCAUCACCACGGCAGCGGCGGUGGUCAUCAGCAGGGCGGCCAUCAAGGCUCGCAUUCGCCCGGCGGACCGGUCGACCCGGCCAGCGCACCUCCUCCUAACGCCCCUACGGGUCCCAAGAACGCUGGCAAACCUGGUGCAAACUAUCGCGGUGGUGGAAGAGGUGGAUCCAGGGGCUUCCAUCCUUAUGCUCGGGGUUAAAAGGCUUUUGCGUAGAAUGGGCGAUGAUAAAGCGCGCGCUUCAUCAUCGAUCGGGAUAUCCCUCACAGAAACAAGCGGACGAAAGGAGGCCUUCAGCUCCUUGUCUUGAGCAACCACACCCCCCAAGCCACCAGCAUGGUACAAGAGAUCAAUAAGAGAACAACCCUGACAGCCACCGAACAACAACAUUCAAUACGAGACAGCCGGCGUGGCCAGCCUAUAUCCAUUCCCCAUGAGUAACAGCGAUGGGGGGGGGGGAGUUGCUCGGUGGAUUUGACGGAUACAAAUGAGCUUAGGGACGAUGGACGAAAGGAAGGAAGGAAGGAAGGAUGGAUGGAUGGGGGGGGAGAUAGUGGCUGACGGAUCGAAAUGGCGUUGGAGUUUUAUAAUCAAUUACCGCUUUAUUCUUGUGUUAUUCUUUGGUUGUUUUGGUUCAUUGCUCACCUAUAAAGUCACAAAUAAGUCAUGGUGGUUUUUUUUAGUCUUUCCCAUUCACAGGCUUUUUUUUUUACGUCAUGAAAUUCCAGUUGUACAAUACUACAAGAAUGUUUACUUGUCUUUUUUCGUAUUACCAUCGUACAGUCUAAGAAACUAAUACAAAAAAACAACCCA